AUGCCUGUCAUGCCAGGGGACGAGGCAAAGAGAAGGAAAACUCAUCGACACAAACAUGGUGACACUGGAAUGUCAAAAUCUCGCAAGCGGUCCGAGGAUGACAGUGCGACGUCAAAAUCGCCCGCCACAAAUAAUAACCCUGCCGAUAACGACGCCCUCAGACAAGCCAGACUCGCGUAUCUAGCCAAAUCCCCGGAAGAACGACGAAAAGACAUGAAAUACGAGUAUGUGAAACGGACGAAGACGUCGCAAGCAGACGAAGAGAAGGAGAAGCGUCCCAAGGCUACGCGAGUGCAACUUUCUAGGCGGGAGGAUCGAAAGCCUGAGCGGCGCUCCACCACGCGGACAGACAGCAGCCGAAGAGGUGCGGCGCAAGACGAUAGUGAAGACGAAUACGUUUAUACUCGGAACGAAAGCACAGGCACCACGAAAAUGGACACAUCUCGUGCCCAGAGAACGAAAUCCCAGAGUCAGACUUCCAGAAAGACAGAGGCGACGCGGAAAGCACCAGAACGGCGGCACACAGAGCCGGCGAGAAGGAAGGAAAUAUAUAUCUUUGACGAAGCGUCUUGCGCAGAGGACGAGUCGCAGUCGCAGCCGCUACCACGUCGAACGUCGGCUCUGGUCGAGAAACCACAAAAGCCCGAAAUAAAGAGAAGUGCUACAAUGGCAAAACCCAGGGCCGAAGUGAGCAUCGCCAAAUCUUCCGAGGCUGCCGUAACGCCCAAGAAAGGGUCAGGCCUGUUGAGCGGACUUCUGCCAGCUAAACCUGCACAGCAAAGGAAGGUCUCCUGUCUGACGUGUGGUGACGAUGAGAUCCCGAUAACGCAAUCUGCUUUACUGCCCUGCAAGCACCGCAUGUGCAAUACAUGUCUCAAGCGGAUCUUCAAGAUGUCCGUCACAGAUCCUGCGCACAUGCCACCCCGGUGCUGCACGGAUCAGCACAUUGCACUCAGACAUGUCGAGAAACUGUUCGAUGACAAAUUCAAGGUGACUUGGAACCGCAAGUUUCAAGAGUACCAAACCAAGAAUCGCGUGUAUUGUCCCGGUCGGAAGUGCGGCGCCUGGAUCAAACCGCACUAUAUCACUAUUGAGAAUGGGCGAAAAGUGGGACGCUGCAAACAAUGCAAAUUAAAGGUCUGCCCGAUAUGUUCUCAGAAGAUGCAUACGACGCGCGAAUGCCCCAAGGAUCCGGAAACAAAAGCUUUCAUCGAGACGGCCAAGGAGAAGGGUUGGCAGAGGUGCUACAGCUGUCACGCCAUGGUCGAACUGAAGGAAGGUUGCAAUCAUAUGACAUGCCGCUGCACGGCUGAGUUCUGUAUGGUGUGCGGCCUGAAAUGGAAAUCCUGUGACUGCCCCUGGUUCAACUACGAAGCUGUCGAAGCGCACUUGGGCGAUCCUGUUCGAUAUCAACAAGAAUUGGACAGACGUAGGGACCAGGUCAACCGCGACGAAGCGCUCGCUCGACGCAUGCAACAAAUGGGUUUAGGCGGUGAUGAUGCUGACGGCCCGGCUGCGCGCAUGUUGGGACUGGGGAAUGGAGCGAACCACCACAUGAACCAGAAUUUCAUCCAGCAAGCGCGUGAAGCCCUGACGGCAAAUUAUGCACAGGCGGGGCAGGCCGCGAUGGAUUUGUUGAACGGCAUCGUCAGGGGUCGAGAAAACCCCUUGCCCGGCAUGCCCUUGGAGAUGGAGCAAAUGUUGGGAAUGCUCGGCCAAGGAGGCAACAUGCUCGAUCCAGCAGAGGGAGGAAACCCAGCACGAAGGACAGGGCGACGAACGACAAAUAGACGAAGACACGCUGGGCUCGACGAGGCAGGAGGGGUCCCCGGCCGUAUGGCAAGAGGAGAAGAAAGACGGAUUCAAGAGUGGGCAAACGACAGGGCUUGA